AUGACACGACAUUAUCUUGCUUCGUUUGUUUUUUAUCCAAAUACUGUUCCAUCUUUACCUUCUACACUCAUGGAUGAAGAAAUCUCUGUGAUAAAUUCAAUAUUACACGGCUGUAAUCACAUAAGAUUCAGUAUUUUCCUCAAAGAUCCACAGUUAAUCAAUGCAAAAUAUUCUGGAUCAGCUUUUCCAAUGUUAUUCACAGCAUUCUUAAUGUCAUUAGAUGUAGAUUACGAUGUAGCAACCUGCUUGCUAUCUUACAUCAAUAUUCUCGCAACAGCAAUAUUAUUAAAUCAAUUUAUGCAAUUUAGCACUCACGCACCAGUUCUUGGAUGCUUAUUAUUCUUUUUCAAUAGUGGAAUUGCAAUCAUCAGACCGAUAUUAUUCAAAUAUCCAGCAAAUUCAGAUUAUAUCACAAAUGUUGGUCGCGAAGUCCCACUUCCAUGGUAUCAAACACUAUUUUACUUCAUGACCUACUCAAAAGAUGCCAUGUUUUCGAUUCCAAUCGCGUUAUUAGUGUUAGAUAUCACAACAAACAGAAGAAAAGAGCAUCCUUAUCGAUACUACUUGGCCGGACUGAUGUCAGCGUUCGUUCCAAACCCCGCAGUUUCGAUAACUCUUUUCAUUAUCAAUUCAGCCUUUGCAGAUAACUUCAAGAAAGUAAUGCCGUUCGCCGGCUUACUCGCCAUCAAGUUGAUUGGUGUUCCUAUUAAGUCUUUCCCGAUCUGGAGAGAGCAGCAAAUGCAAGGCCAUUUUUGCUCUCAAAUUACUUCACUUUUUGAGGACUAUGGUUUACUUUCUAUCGUCUUCAUCUUCUCACUUUUACAUUAUACUAGCUUAUCUUUGAUACAUAGAGACUUUACAUUUGCUGCUGCAUGGGUUUAUACCUUUUUCAUAAGAGUUGGAAACGAUGUGACGAAUAAUGUCUUGGCACAGCAAGCUUGUAUACUUCCUUUGCUUUGUGGAAUACUUUCUGACUGGUAUCACUCUGUUACCAAUUCUUAUUACACAUCAAUUUUGAGAAAAUCUUUAUUCAAAAUUUAUAUUGUUUCUUUCAUCCUCGGUGGCAUAAUAUGUGGUAUCAGAAUAUCAAGUUGCCACAUAGAUGCCUAUGAUUUGUACUCCCUUGACGCUUCAAAAUGGAUUAGAACUCAAUUAUCCGCUCAUGAACUUGUUUUAACAGAACCAAACAUGUUUAACCCAGUAUCAUUGGCUGGAAGACAGAUUAUAUGCGGAAAUUAUACCAGUGUCUGGAAGAGAGGCGGAAAUAUCACAAAUGUCGUUCCAAUUUUGAGAGAAGCAGAAUCUGGUGGUUGGAUAUCGCUCGCAGAGAAACUUAAAGUGCAUUGGGUUGUUAUUCCUUCAACAACAAAAUAUUCUACAGAAGGAUUAGAAGUUUUCUCUGAAAAUUCACAUUGGAGACUGUUGUUGAACAAAUACUCUUAA